UACUGAGAGAGACAGUGAGGCUCCGAGACUUAGGAUCAGCAUAUCAUUAUAAAUCAAGUGGGAAAAUAAACAAGGCCACUGAGAGCUGCUUCUGUCUCCUACAACGAUUGAUUGGAAUUAACUCAUUUAUAUUUUCAUCGGGGAUUUCACUGACGCUUCUCCAAGGGGAUCCUUUUGCUGAGGAUUACUUUACUUUGUAAAACCUUCUUCUUUCUGUCAAAAAAGCCGUGUCUGGUAUGGGAAAGUAGAGGAGAAGAAGACAGUCGUACCAAAGGAAAACUUUCACUUCACCUUCCCUCCUGCGCGUCAAGAGUUCACCUUGACUGUGGCAUAACGGAAAGCUUUUUAAAACUUUCUCCAUGAUUGUUUGAGCCGGGCUACACGGACCUGUGGGGCUUUCACUGCUUGUUGAAGGGCUGUCAACACAAUGGGACGCCUGUGUCUGCUCCUGGUUGUCACUCUCUCUCUACUCACCUGCCAGGUUUUAUGCUCUGGAGUGUUUGAGCUGAAGCUGCAGGAGUUCCUCAACAAGAAAGGAAUAAAGGGGAACGCGAACUGCUGCCCCCGAGGUUCUGCUCAUCCGCAGGAGCAAAACCAGCAGUGCGAGUGCAAAACUUUCUUUCGUGUUUGUCUGAAGCACUACCAGGCCAACGUCUCCCCAGAGCCCCCCUGCACGUACGGCGGUACUGUGACUCCCGUACUCGGCUCAAACUCCUUCCAGGUGCCAGAGACCAACGCGGACAGCUUCACCAACCCAAUCCGCUUCCCCUUUGGCUUCACAUGGCCGGGGACGUUUUCACUGAUCAUGGAAGCUCUGCACACUGACUCCCUGGACGACCUGACAACAGACAACCCGGAGCGUCUGAUAAGCAGAAUAACCACUCAGCGUCACCUCACUGUCGGAGAAGAGUGGUCCAAAGACAUGCAGAGCUCUGGCAGAACUGAGCUGCGUUACGCCUACCGCUUCCUGUGUGAUGAGCAUUACUACGGCGAUGGCUGCUCUGUCUUCUGCCGGCCCCGAGAUGAUGCUUUCGGGCACUUCACCUGUGGCGAACGUGGGGAGAUCAUCUGCAAUUCUGGCUGGAAGGGACAAUACUGCACUGAACCAAUUUGUCUUCCUGGCUGUGAUGAAGAACACGGCUUCUGUGAUAAACCUGGAGAGUGCAAGUGUCGUGUGGGCUUCAGUGGUCGUUACUGUGAUGACUGUAUCCGUUACCCAGGCUGCCUUCAUGGCACCUGCCAACAGCCCUGGCAAUGUAACUGCCAGGAGGGAUGGGGUGGGCUCUUCUGCAACCAGGACCUGAACUACUGUACACACCAUAAGCCCUGUCUAAAUGGAGCCACCUGUACCAACACUGGCCAGGGCAGCUACACUUGCUCCUGUCUGCCUGGAUACACAGGUGCCAGUUGUGAGAUCCAGGUCAACGAAUGCUCUGGAAAUCCCUGUCGCAACGGAGGAAGCUGCGCUGACAACGACAAUGGCUAUAAGUGCACCUGCCCGCCUGGUUUCUAUGGCAAUAACUGUGAGUUUAGUGCCAAUACCUGUGCAGAUGGGCCUUGCUUCAAUGGGGGACGUUGCGUCGACAACCCUGAGGGUGGCUACUUCUGUCAAUGCCCAAUGGGUUAUGCUGGCUUCAACUGUGAGAAGAAAAUUGACCAUUGCUCCUCCAACCCCUGUUUAAAUGGUGCAGAAUGUGUCGAUCUGGUGAACUCCUACCUCUGUCAAUGCCCUGAGGGAUUUUCAGGCCCUAACUGUGAGGACAGCAGCAGUAUCUCUGGAUACUGUCUGUCCUUCCCUUGUCAGAACGGUGGGACGUGUCAGGAGGGAGUGAACGGCUACACCUGUAACUGCCCACCAGGAUAUACGGGUGAAAACUGCAGUGUUCCUAUCUCACGCUGCCAUCACAACCCCUGCCACAAUGGAGCCACCUGCCAUGAGCGUGGCGGUCGCUACAUUUGUGCCUGUGUACCUGGAUAUGGUGGUCACAACUGCCAGUUCCUCUUACCAGAGGUGCCCAGGGGUCAGCCAGUGGUGGAUGGACCAGAUCGGCAUUAUUCUUCUCCAGAAAGUGGAAAUGUUGAAGACGAGGAGGAUGACGACCACGGAUUUCCCUGGACGGCCGUGUGUGCUGGUGUCUUCCUCGUACUUGUGAUCCUGAUCGGUUGCUCCGUACUGGUGGUCUACAUUCGGGUCAAGCUGCAGGAGCGGCACAGUCACCAUGGUGACAGUGUCCACAGUGACAGCCAUGAGACCAUGAACAACCUGACGACCACCAACAAUUGUCUGCGCAGCGACAAGGAACUGGGCACAAUGAUGACAACGUCAAUUAAAAACACCAACAAGAAGGCGGAUUACCAUUCAGACCUCACUGGGUCACUGGGUGGUCUGAGUGGAAUCAGUGGGCUCAACGGAUCGGAGAAGAACGGCUUUAAGCCUCGCUACCCCAGUGUGGAGUACAAUCUGGUCCAUGAACUCCGGCCUGAGGAGCUGUCUCUGUGUAAAGAGGAGGAGUGUGAUGAGCCCCAGGUGAAAUAUGAAAUGCCGGAUGAGUCUGACUCAGAGGAAGGAUACAGGAAGAGACUGAACAGUGAUGCAUCAGAAAGGAAACAAGUAGAAGGGUCAGCAAGCUGCAGCGAAGCGAAUUAUCAGUCAUCCUGCGAUCUGAACUGUCACGCAGCAAGUGAUCUUAAAUACCAGUCAACCAGUGAUGUCAAAUACCAGUCAACCAGUGAUGUUGAAUACCACAGUCUCAGUGACAGCAGGUACCAAUGUACCAACGACACCAAAUACCAGUCUGUCUACGUCAUGUCGGACCAAAAAGAUGAAUGUAUCAUUGCAACAGAGGUAUGAUACCAGUCCAGACCAGAUCAGACCAGUUUCCUCUGGUGGAUGGUGGUCCACACGCACCAGCCCUGAGCGGUAGAGCUCAGCUUGUCUUCAGGAGGUUUUACUCCUGCUGUUUGCUGCUGUUCCCUGGGAUUUACCAGACGACUUUGAGCCAAGGUGCUGCUGAGCCAGACAGGAGUCAGUGAGGACUUGGCUAGGACUUAGUACUACAGUCGUACCAUUGGGUGAAUACUGGACAUUUUUGACCUUCGAUGGAUGUAGGUCUAAUGCUGACCACAGAUGUGCUGGCAGAAGACAGCCCCAGCACAAAUUUGAACAGAAACAAUGCUGAACGAGUAGACGUGCAGUCAGACGGUGACUGCCAGAGAACUGAUGAAGAGCUUGUUUGGUGUUUGUCGCAGAAGUGGAAGAUUUACACGUCACACCAGGAUGAACUCUUCUCUCCUGAUAAACUCUGAAGUAUUGACUUGGAUGCUGAGCAAUGAUAUUGUAGUACUAUGGAGUACUGAUUGAAUGAACAGUGUAGUACCUUUGGAGUACUGAGAACCUUUGAAGUACUGUUGUAGUACUAUUAUGUGCUGUGGUUUUACAAUGCAGUGUAAAAGCUGUUGUGGAUAUUUGGAACAGUUCAUGUUCUGUGCAGUGCUGCAGAGUAAAAGAUGAAGUACUGGCAACUGUACUUGAAGUAGGUCCGUUUUAUUGUUAAGAAUUCAUUUAAAAAUUCAGUUACAACUUUCCUCACAAAACAAAACAAAAUUAACAGCAGCUCUGCGUCUUUAACUCUGCAGCACUGACAGAGACGGUGUUGGCUGAGCUGGUUCUCAGCAGAAAAUAGAGAACUGAAGACUCCAGUAGUGACUGCAGAUCGAUCCAAGAUGGAUCCUGUUGGGCCAUAGUGGCCCCCUGACCCCUGAAGGUUGUGAUACACAAGGGCAAAUUAGGGAACACAACAAUCAACAUGAGAGAAAGGACAAAAGACAGUGAAACAAAUCAGUGUAGUUACCCAGUUACUUAUUAUUUCUUGAUUGCUUGUUUGAAACUGCUCCUUCCUGCAGUAGCCACUAAAAUUGGAAUUUAUUGGCAAAAUUACCCAAAACAAAGUACAAAAUUAUCACCACCUGUGAUGAUACUGUUGUGUUUUCAAGUAAGCCGAGCUAUAAAUGACUAGUCUUAACUACCAAGACCUCAUUGCACUAUGGAGGCGUGUUUGUAUGUGCGUGUGUACGAGUGUGUGUGUGUACAGAAGAGGUGAUGCCUGUGUGUGGUGUCAAAUGUAUGCACUGUCCACUCCUGCUCCCUUUACUCCAAGUCUUCCACAUAUUAGCCAAUUGAAGGACACCAUCACCCUGCCUGCCAUUGGUUAGGAUCAUUUGUUUUUAUUUUAUUUGUUAUCUAAAGAAAGAUGUAUUCUUUUAAUUUAAUUAUGUAAUUAUUUGUGCUCCAUUAUGUUGUGAUUCUUUUUGUUAUACCUGUUAUAAUUUAAGUUGGAUUGUUUUUAUUUGGCAGAUAAUGUAUGUAUGUAAGUAUGUAUGUAUGCAUGUAUGUGUUAGGCACUUGAGACCCCUGUGACUGUGUUGUAUUUAAGAGAAGAGUCGUAUGUACAGAGCCUCUCAUUUUUAUUACUGGAAAACAGCGCAAUAUUUUUCCAAAAUAAAAGAGCAA